AUGGAAGGUAGCAAUAUCAAAGAAUUCCAAUGCAAUAUGGAGCAUUUUAGAUGGUUGAGGAUCUUAAAGCUUGAUUUCUGUCAACAAUUUAAGAAAACCCCAAACUUCACUGGAUCACAGACUCUUCAUAAAGUAUCCUUAAUUUGUUGUUCAAGUUUGGUCAAGGUACACCCAUCAAUUGGAUGUUUGGAGAGACUCGUUGAGUUAAAUUUCUUCCGUUGCAAGGAACUCAAGGUUCUUCCAAGUAGCAUUUGCAAGUUAAAGUCACUUGAAGUUUUACGUUUAGAUGAAUGCGAAAAACUGAGGGAACUUCCAAUUGACUUGGGAAAAUUAGAGCAACUAAGAGAGUUACUUGCUAAUGGAAAUGCCAUCUCACAUAUACCAUUUUCUUUCGGAUGUUUGAGAAAUCUAAAGACACUGUAUCUGGGGAAGAGCAAGAAUUGUGUACUAUCAAAAUCAAAAUCUCAACUUCUUGACAAUUUAUCAUCACCUCUUUUUUUGUCAAGAAGAAGUCGUGUUGGUGUUGGUUUCUUUCCACCUUCAGUUGCAAAUUUGUGCUCUUUGGAAUUUCUAUAUCUGAAUGACAUCUAUCUACAUGAAGUAGAUCUUAGGAUCACUCUUGAGAAUUUGACCUCAUUGGUAUCUUUAGAUUUAUCAGGGAGUUAUUGUCAUCAAAGCUUACCCUUUGACCUUUGUCAUCUUUCAAACUUGAAAUUUCUAUCCUUGAACAAUUUGGAAAAUCUUAGAGUACUUGUAGAACUUCCUCCUAGUUUGGUGAAUCUCUCUGCAGGAAAUUGUGUUUCAUUGGAAAAUAUAGCAGUUGUAUCAAACUUGAAGAGACUUGAAGUGUUGCGUAUUGGGAAUUGCAAAAGUUUGGUUGUGCUUCCAAACAUGGAGAGUCUUUCAUCCUUAGUAGAGCUUGACAUAAGCAAUUGCAUAAGUUUGGUUGAGCUUCCGGACAUGGAGAGUCUUUCAUCCUUAGAAAUUCUUGGCAUAAGGAAUUGCAUAAGUUUGGUUGAGCUUCCGAACAUGGAGAGUCUUUCAUCCUUAAAAUGUCUUAACAUAAGGAAUUGCAAUGCUUUAACUAUUCCUGACAACUAUUUGCAUGAAGAAGAUUUUCCAAUUGUUCUUAGGAGUUUGUCCUCCUCGUUGAAUGAAAUAGAUUUAAUGGGAAGAUAUUAUCUUCAAAGUUUACUAUUAAACCUUUGUCAUCACUCCAAUUUGAAGUAUCUCUGCUUAGACGAUCUGCAGAAUCUUAGAUUACUUCCACAACUUCCUCCUAAUUUGGAGAUACUCUCUGCAAAGAAUUGUGUCUCAUUAGAAAAGAUAGCAGAUCUAUCCAACUUGAAAAGACUCCAUGAACUAGAUAUUCAGAACUGUAAAAGUUUGGUUGAGCUUUCAGGCUUGGAGAGUCUUGAAUCCUUAACUGUUCUUGGGAUAGCAAAUUGCAUUGGUUUGAGGAUUCCUUCAAUUGAAAAGUGGUUCAAGGCACAUUCUAAAGGUGACAGUGUCGAUAUUUCGCUUUGCGCGAACUAUGGGUCUGUACUCUGCAUUUUUCGAAAACCUAUGGGGGAUGUACAGCUUCAAAUCAUGCACAGUGUGAUUGAUCCCUGCAGUGAAAUUGAGGGUUGCAAUGGAAUUCGUUUGAGUGCGAGAAUCAAAAGCAGUGAAAUAGAGAAGGCGAAGUGCGUUUCUUUCCAUCCACAAGGGGAUUCAUUCCUGCCAGCUGAUUUUGUAAAGGAUGCAUAUAAUGUUAUUAGAGUAGCAUCAGAUCAGACUUGCGUUAGUUGUACGUGUUUAGCAUCUUCAGCUUUUGCUGCAAAUGAAAGUAAAAAUGGAUUGUAA